AAUUCCUGCAUUUGGCCCGCUUAGCCUAGAUAGUCUGGCCCACAUAUGUUGGGCCUAGUCCAUCACCGUCGCAGGCCGCACAGACCUUUCCUCUUCACAAGCUACGACGUACACCCUUCUCCUCCACGAGCGCCGCCGCCCGCCGGCCACUGCGCCGCCGUGCAAAUACAAAUUUCCAGACUCUGUUCCCACGGCAGUCACCGCCGUCCUCCAUUCCGCCCCAUCCACUCCAGACACCAAUUCCAACAUCCGCCGUCACUGUCUCACGUUCCCAAGCCCCAAAUGAUAUCCCCCCACCUCCCCCUCCGGCUCCGCCACCUCCGCCGCCUCCUCGCUGCGGCGCCCUUGUCCUCUCUCUCCUCCGCAUACUACUCGCACCCCUGCUCCCCGCCGCUGAACCGCACUCGAACCCUGCCCCCGCGGCCCCAUCUCCCAGACAUCCCGGCGCGGCGGUUCUCCUCCCCCGGGCACGUCCUCCUCCCCACCAACCUCCAGGAGCAGCACGUCGCAUCUCUGUCCGACAGGAUCUACGACGCGGUGACGGAGACAGAGGAGGGCUCCAACGAGGGCACGGAGGCGGCCCUCGACGCGCUGGGCGCCGAGCUGACCACCCCGCUCGUGGCCGACGUCAUGCACCGCCUCCGCUACGAGGAGAAGCUGGCCUUCCGCUUCUUCGCCUGGGCCUCCCAGCAGGCCAACUACGAGCACGAGCAGCGGACCUACAACGACAUGAUCGACAUCCUCUCCGGCACGCGCUACAAGUCCCGCCAGUUCGGCGUGCUCUGCGACGUGCUCGACCACAUGAAGCGCCACGGCACCAGGUCCGUCCCGGUCGAGGACCUGCUGGCCAUCCUCCGCGCGUACACGGAGAAGCACCUCGCCAACCUCAGGAAGCUGGCCAAGAAGCGCCGGGCGCGGAUGCGCACGCCGCCCGAGACCGACGCGCUCAACAUCCUGCUGGACGCCUUCUGCAAGUGCGGGAUGGUCAGGGAGGCGGAGACGGUGUUUGGCCGCGUGAAGAGGAAGCUGCAGGGAAACGCCGAGACGUACAGCAUCCUCUUCUUUGGGUGGUGCCGCGCGAGGGACCCCAAGAAGGCCAUGAAGGUGCUCGAGGAAAUGAUCCAGAUGCAGCACACCCCGGAGAACUUCACCUACAUUGCUGCUAUCGACUCGUUCUGCAGCGCCGGUUUGGUCUCGGAGGCAAGGGAGCUGUUUGAGUUCAUGAGGACCGAGGGAUCCAAGAUAUCGUCCCCCACUGCUAAGGCGUACUCUAUUAUGAUUGUGGCGCUAGCAAAGGCUGAUCAGAUGGAUGAGUGCUUCGAGCUGAUUUCAGAUAUGACGAAACGUGGCUGCAUGCCUGAUGUGUCGACCUUUAAAGACUUGAUUGAAGGCAUGUGUUUGGUGGGUAAAGUCGAUGCUGCUUACUGUAUUUUGGAGGAGAUGGGGAAGGCUGGGUUUCCUCCUGACAUUGUCACUUACAACUGCUUUCUUGAGGUGCUUUGUAGUCUUCAAAAGGCUGAUGACGCGCUCAAACUCUGCGAGAGGAUGAUAGAAGCACGCUGUGAGCCCAGCGUUCAUACUUACAAUAUGCUGAUGAUGAUGUUCUUCGCGAUGAGAGAGCCACAUAGGGCGCUCGAUAUUUGGAUUGAGAUGGACAAAAGAGGAUGUCGACGUGCUGUUGAUACCUAUGAAAUAAUGAUUGAUGGGCUGUUUGAUUGUGGAAGAGCAGAAGAUGCAACCGCUCUUCUAGAUGAAGUAAUAAACCAUGACAUGAAAUUGUCGUACAAGAAGUUUGAUGCUAUCAUGCUGCAGUUAUCAGCUGUUGGCAACCUUGGCGCAAUACAUCGGCUUUCGGAGCAUAUGAGAAAAUUUUACAAUGUUGCAAUGUCAAGACGUUUUUCCAUCACACAAAAGAAGAAGAGCAUUGGUAUUAGAAGGAGAUGACUUCUGCAAGAUUUAUUGUUAGCACGGAUAAUCAAUAGGUUAUACAAGUCAUUUUUACAGGGUGGUUGAUACAUGCCUGCACAUUUCGUCGGAGCAGUUUCCAGUGGAAGAAGCAGCAUAUGAACUGAAAUACUUUGCAGAAAGAAACAGGCAAUGCUGUCGGCAGGACUACUCGCAGACCCUUGGCGCUAGCUUUUGCCCAAAGCGCAGCUUUGUCGAAGAUUGCCGUGACCAAGGCUUGAACCGAAGUUUGGGCUCUGUCGAACACGCACGAGUUGCUGCUAUCGAUUGCUUUCGCAGCGCUGGCUUGCCUACUUUCCUCGGAGCUUCUGUGAGAUAUUCAUGUUCACUUUAAUGAUGGCAUAAUAUUACCUGAACAUCAUUAGUUUUUGGACAAGUUCAUCGAUUAAACUAACCAAGGGUGGUUGAUACAUAUGCCUUCACAUUUUGUCGGCGCAAUUUGUAGUGGAAGGAGCACAUCUGAACUGAAAGUCUGAAAUAGUUUGCAGAAAGAAACAGGUGAUGUGACAGCUAUCGUUGAGAACACGCCGGGACAAAGUUUCAUGUCGGGCUUUGGCUUCCUAGCCCCAUACCAGCAGUGGUGCUGUGUGACCUGUGAGCUAGUCAGCUAGGCCUAGGAUGGCAUAGCUGCAUGUGGAGGAGCACCUGGACUGAAGUGCCCCACACGAAGUUCCGGGACCGAAAGCUCGGUACACCAUCGUGCAGUGCGGUGCAGACACGGCCGGAGGACGGUGACUGCGAGCUCUCAUGAGUCCCGAGGUAGCUGAACAUGGGUAUGGCUGGGUCUGACGGAAACGAUGUCUCUGCCAAGUGAUCUUCAGUUUCCAUGCCAUGCCCUGCAUGAUUCCCUGGGUCAUGUAUGUGUCCUGUUUUUUUACAGUAUUUGCUUUCAUUUGGCUGGUUGUAUUUUUCAGACGAAUUUUUAUCCGAUGCCACGCUUUUUGUUAGAUUUUUUUUUUGUAUCAAGCUAACAGCAAUAACCGGAGCAAGAUAAUAUACCAAUUGAAAAGGA